UCGCGUUUUAAAAUGUUGAUGUUAUAAUAUUGAAAGUUUUCGCUCUGUUUCAAUCAUAUUUUGUGCCCCUGAAAUCUGAAUCGGCACGUUUUUUCUGCAGAUCGAGUCAUGAUUCCCAUUUUAACGUGAUCUCAAAACAUAAUUAACGAAGAAUUAAAUUUGUGAUCAAAAACUAAUUUAGUACAAAUUGUAGCCGAAGAGAGCGCUUGUUUACUCUGUGAAUCUAACUCAGCAUUCGCCAUCUUAAUGAAUAUGUUCGCCAUUGGAAACCCGGGGAAUUAUUUGUGUAGUCUGUUACCAAGUGAUUCGAAUGAUCGCAGUUGAUUCUUAUUAAGAGUUAUUCAGUGUAUUUAUGAAUCGGUGGACUAGAAAUUUAUAAUGGAAUUUGAGGGCGUAAGGUAGGUGGAUAUCUAUCUAACAAUUCACCAACUCCACCUACUGAUAGUCAGCAGUCCCAAGGAAACCUAGAAUUGGCUACCUACUUUCAGAACUCACAGUUCUGGUGGAUUAUUUAGUCGAAAAAACGUGAAACAAGUUGUUAGAAGCCCUGGAAGGCAUAAAAGUCCUUAAAAUGGGCAAUGCCGCAACGGCCAAUAAAAAAGGAGACUCAGCUGAAAGUGUGAAGGAGUUUCUAGAUCAAGCGAAAGAAGAAUUCGAAGAGAAAUGGAAAAAGAACCCAACAAACACCGCAGGCCUAGAUGAUUUUGACAGGAUCAAAACACUUGGCACAGGAUCAUUCGGCCGAGUAAUGAUAGUCCAACACAAGUCUACCAAAGAAUACUAUGCAAUGAAAAUUUUAGAUAAACAAAAGGUUGUAAAGCUGAAGCAAGUGGAACAUACAUUAAAUGAGAAAAGGAUCUUGCAAGCGAUCAGUUUCCCAUUUCUGGUUAGUCUUAAAUUUCACUUUAAAGACAAUUCAAAUCUUUACAUGGUCCUGGAAUAUGUUCCUGGAGGAGAAAUGUUUUCACAUCUGCGGAAAGUUGGCAGAUUCACGGAAGUUCAUUCAAGGUUCUAUGCAGCCCAGAUCGUUUUAGCCUUUGAAUACUUACAUUAUUUAGACCUUAUAUACCGUGAUCUUAAACCUGAAAAUCUGCUCAUAGAUUCGCAAGGCUAUCUAAAAGUUACUGAUUUUGGCUUUGCUAAGAGAGUUAAAGGCAGAACAUGGACCUUAUGUGGUACACCAGAAUACCUUGCACCCGAAAUUAUACUAAGCAAAGGUUAUAACAAAGCGGUAGACUGGUGGGCCCUUGGCGUUUUAGUUUAUGAAAUGGCUGCUGGUUAUCCGCCUUUUUUUGCAGAUCAACCUAUUCAAAUCUAUGAAAAAAUUGUAUCUGGCAAAGUCAGAUUCCCUUCACAUUUUGGGUCAGACUUGAAGGAUUUGCUGCGCAAUUUACUGCAGGUUGAUCUAACUAAGCGCUAUGGUAAUCUGAAAAAUGGUGUCAACGACAUCAAAGGACACAAAUGGUUUGGGUCGACAGAUUGGAUCUCGGUUUUUCAAAAGAAGAUCGAAGCGCCAUUUAUUCCUAGAUGUAAGGGACCAGGGGACACUAGUAAUUUUGAUGACUAUGAAGAGGAGGCUUUAAGAAUCUCAUCCACCGAAAAGUGUGCCAAGGAAUUUGCGGAAUUUUAAAGUUUUAUUGUCAUACAUCAAUUAACUUAUUUGGACCAAUUUCACGAUUAUGAAAGUGUCAACAGUCUUUGUAAUCUGUGUAAGUCUCUCGUUUUUUAAUCUUUGCAGUAUUAUCAUAUCAGUCCUGAGUAUGUGAUGUCAUUUUCAGUAUCGUGCGUUUUCUGUAAAUGGUUGGAAAUUGCUCUACUUUACUCAUUUGAUCAGCUGAAAUUUUAAAGGAGCUAUAAUCUUGAAUCAUUUGAAAUCAGUUUCGGACAGAUUGUCUCUUUUCAAUCUCAGCACAAGUAAUAAUUUCAUUGAGUUGAACCUCAAUUCAUCUAUUUUUUUAUUUUUUUCUUGUUUCAUUAUUUUCAUUUUUUUUUUUCUUUUUCCAAGUAUCAUUAUUGUGAAGUUGUUCAUACCUUAUUUAACUUGUAUAACUUGAUGCCAUAUCUUAAGCACAUCACACAUCCUAACCAAACAAGUAGCCACAGUGUUUUUCUUCUCUGUUCUCUCGUCUUAUGAUUUCUCUAAUGAAUAUGCCAAGUGUCUUCCUUAAAAUUAAAAGAUUUUGUUUAGAACAAGAUUGAAAAAAUAACUGAGUAAAGUAAAAUGUGUAAAUAUGUUUGUAAAAGAAAUGGUAGGUAAUUAUUUACUAAUAUUAAUCAAAUUUGUAAAUGUCUCCUUUUUCGGAGAAUUUACGGACAAGAGCAAUUCCAAGCUUUUAAUCAUUGAUUUAAGCUGGAUCAAUGUAGUCAUUUUGAUUUCGUUUGUAAUGAGUCCAAAUUUAGCAUUUUUGUGUAUAGGUAUAACCAUCCCAUAGUCCUGUUGUAUCAAAUAGUCUAUUUGCAGUUCGCACAGCAAACUCAAUUCAUGCCAUAGUCAUUUGAUCAUGAUUUUGCAAAUAUUAUUGCUUUUUUCAAAGCACUUAUUUCAGUUUUUGCAUAGAUUCUAUGUGUUGUGUAAAGUUAUCGAUUAAAUUGCAUAGUUGAUGAACUUGAUUUAAUCAUACUGUCCAUUAAUUAAGCUGCCUUAUUGCAUAAUGAGUAGGCCUCUACCUCCUCUGGUAAAAUGCAAUUCAAGCAGUUGUAACAAAUUGUCACUUGAUUUUUGUCACUGCAAUUGAAAUUUGUGAAAGUUUCGUAAAUAAUCUGACUAAAUGUGAAGUUUUGAUAAUAAUAUUUGAAUGCACCAAACGUAAGACGCGAAUUUAUGUAGUUGGUUCGAUUUAGUCCUUAAAACUUAAUUCCUUCAACAAUGACUUCAGUAAAUCAUUGAAAGUGACUUCCUCCUCUUUUUCAUGAUUAUGAAUUCAUCUUUAUCAAAUUAGCUAUGAUAUUUUUGCCAAAUCCUCUUUUUAUCUUUCAGAAACAGUACAUUCUUUGUGAGAAUUUCUAUCCAAACCUUAUUGAAGGCUGAAACAUUUUAGCCACUUAGUGAUGUACCCAGAAACAUUUUGAGAAGGACAUGUUAGGUAGGGGAGGAUGACCGCUACCGUGCUUCUCUAUGGGCCUUCAAAACUUUAGGAGUACAUCACUAACAUAGCCCCCAAACCAUUGUUUUAAUAUCUUACAAUUUGACCAGAUUUCUAUACUUGUACCGUACACUCCUUACAGAGACUGAAAUGUCAAGCUCCUCGUAAUUGAAUCAAAAUUCCUCAUAAACUUAAAAAUUAUGCGGUAACAUCCUUUAUAAUUGUCUUGAAGAUCAUUAAGACUCAUUAAUUGUUGUGGAUUGAGAAAAGGUAGUGAAUUCCUUGACAAUAUGAAUUAGUCCCCGCAGCAUACAGUUAGAAAAUUGUCCUGAGCUCUGUGUGUAAACUUAAAGUCAAAAUUCUCUGCAAGGUUCAAUAUUCUCUGAUUAAGAAUCACACUUAAACCCUGUGGCAAAUCUUUAGCCAUUGCUGAUGUAUAUUCCUUUGUGUAUCCUACCGUCAUCUUCUAAAUUAACAUUUUGUAAGACCAAGGUUAAUUUUUUUCAAAUAAGUUGUUAUUUUUUAUGUAUUAGUAAUGACUUUUCCACAGCAUGACGUAGAAUCAAGGGUGCAUAUGCUUCAUGUAUCAUUUUAUUACAAAACAAAUGACUGAAAAGAUGGCUAUCUUAAUUUUCCUUUUUCCAAGAGUCGCUGCUUAAUACAAGUUUCCUUUACAGCUUUUUAUUUUACGGAGCAAUACCUUUAAAAGACAAACAUAGUUAAGGAGAAUUAUUUCUAUGUAAAUUUACUAGCCUAAAACCUUGACCUCUUACUAACAAUAGCAGAAAGUUGCAUAUAAUUCUUUUUUUUGUCCAUCCACUUCUAAAAAAAUUUAGAGGUGCUCUUCAGAGAAUUCUGAAAGUCAAGAAGAUUCUGCAGCCAUGCCUUGAGUUGUGGAAUAUUCUCUCCUUCGUUUUUCCCUUGCUGUCCUCUUCCUCUUCAUAUUAUCGUUUCAAUAGGUCAUUCAAGUAGAGCAGGGAUUGAAAUUAUUACUUGAUUCCAACUCUGACCCAAUACCCCUAAGGCGAUGACCACAUCAGCCUUUCUAAAAUUGAGGAUUAUAGAGCAAGAUGAUGUGAUGUGCGAAAUGGUGGCUGAAUUUUCUCUAACAUUUUAAGGCGAUGAAGUAUGAGAAAUAAAUGUAUGUCUCUACUUGCAUCCUUAAAUUGCUUUUGAGUGGCUGUCAGGUAGUUUUAAAGCAUCAUACCAAUAAUAGAUUUGAAAAUUAAAUAGCCUCCCUUUCAUUCUGUCCUUCACAUUUUCAUUUUUCAGUAUGAUGGAUCAAAUAUAGUAUCAAAUGAGGUAAUUUUAUCUCUUUUAAUUAACUCACUCUGCUAAGGUAUUCAGCCUAAAUUUGAAAAUCCGUCUACUUCAAUGGUCUAUUGUCAACUAUUUUCCAUCAAUAACUAACUGUCUCUUCCCCUCAUCCUUUUGUACAUUUUGUAAAUUGAACUAAACCAGUGACAACUUUUACUCCAACCGAUUUAAAAGGAGUUAAUUUUUCUGUUAUUCAUAUAAUGUAUUUAAAUUUGACAGUUCAAAGAGCAAGUCUCUUAAGAAAGUUCUGACGUCGAGAAGAUCCAGAUCCUUUGAUUCAAAUUUUAUAGAAUUUCCCACUUUGUACUUUUUAUCGCUAAGUAUAAUUAUGUGUUUCAACCCUCAUGACAAAGUAGUUGCACACCUAUUUAAAGAAAAAUGGUUGUUGUGAUGAACAAUGUUUUUGAGCUCAGGCUUGUCAUUACUUUUAAUCAAUUCAGUGACUGCAUUGCAGGUUUCCUUGAUAUAUCAAUGUUUCUUUUCAAGUAACAGUUCCGAUCAAAAUACAUUUCCCUGCCCAAAUUUCUGAAAAUAAAGCAAUCAAGGCGGUCUGCCUCAUUUUGCUGAGAGACAUAGAUAUAUUGAAAGAAUUUGUGGUGUAUUCACUUGGUCAGUCAAUUGCAUUAAUCCUGCAAGAGGCCUGAUGCUGGUUCAUUGAAGUUUUCAAAAUUUCUCAAGUUUGGUGAAUCUUAAACCUUUUGUACCUAUUAGAACACAAAAUUAAUCAGAAAUGAGCAUUCAAAUUUUUCUGGAACGUCCUCCUUCUCUCAUCCCCAAAAUACACCAGAAAAUGAAAAUUAUAAUAAUCAAAUAUAUAGUCAGAGUUUUGAUUGUAAAGUAGUUUUUAAAAUUUUGCAUCUCUUGAGAGAAGUGCCCUCCUCCCGCCUAGCCUUAUUUUCCCAUUAUUUCCAGGCAAGAGACACCAAUCCCCCGGAGUUUACACCUGUCAGGGUUUUCCUUGGAAUUAAAUUUGUGAAAGGGGUAAAAAACUAUCUCAUCCCUUGGAGCUUCAAUCAUACUGCGGCUCCUAGAAUUUAUAAGCAUCUUGUAAAGCCACCUAGACUAGAGUUGAACACAUGACCUCUCUGCAGAGAAAGGUGAAAUAAAUAAUGACCGUGUCUUUUCUUUAUUCUAUCUUAUUUAAUCAUUUUCUUUCUGUGGUUCAACAAGUACUCAGUAGAAAGAAUGAAUUGUUCAGUCCCUAAUUUUAUUUUUUAAUCUACCAUGUUUUGUACAGCUAAUUCCCUGUUUCACCAACAAAGUAUUCUCUGUUUUUGAGAAAAGAACUUGCCAUGUUUUAAGCUGUUGCUUCACAUUAUUUUAUUUGUCUAUUUUUAGCAAUGGGCGGGGGAAGGCUCCGAAUAGUCAUUGGGCAUCGGUGAGGAAGAUCCCAUAUCAAAAAAGAGAUAAAAGAUCACAAUAAAAUGUAAAAGAAUUCAAUGAUAAUGUGUUACUACUGAAUUGAGUGUACUCAAUAGAACUACUGCUCUCCAUCUUGUUUUGUUAAAUGCUCAUUACAGUAUUCCGUAUGUUCUUGCUACUAUUCGAAGCAUGUUCUCUUGAGGAGAAUACGUUUCCUGUCUAGGAUUGUCUUGGUCUUUUAAAACUCUCAGCCAAGCACUGUUGCUCCUCUUUUUUGUUGUUUGGUUAUUUUUCUUAAUCGCUUUUAAUUUAUGUAGUGGGAACGAAAGAGAUCAUGCUGCCUCAGCUUCCUGAAAUUUUAAAAGCUGUGUUAAAAUUUAUUUUUUUGCCCUCUCCCCUCCUUCCAAUCAAUUAACUGCAAUCUGAUGUUUAAGGCCAAAUUUUGAGUCUUCUCAAACCUAAAAACCAGUCGAUACCUACAAGGUGUGUUGGUUAAGUAAAUCAAUUGUGAAACUGCCAAAACGUGCAUCUUAAUUGCGGUGGCUGAAAACCUCUGCCAUUAUUUUAUUUCAUUGAAGAAGAAUGGACCAACACUAUAUUUUUUUAAAUUUUCCCAGAGAAGACGACUCAGAAAGGUCUUAAAGGAAUGACGUCAAGUGUUUUUCCAUUUACUUAGAAACUAAGUAUGACCAGUAGCCUGCAGCAUCGCAAAAAUAGAUACCCGAUUUUGCUAUUUCACAGUCGAAAUGUUGUGAAAACACUCACACUGUUAACAAUUCAAAAAAAUUUCCCUGUUUCAUUCUUCUGUAAAAACAUUAUACAUACUUUAAGAUGUUGAUGGAUAUUUUCAUGGAAUAUGCUCUUGAUAGAAAGUAGAAAAUUUUUCUGAUCGAUCUUUUAUAACUGACGCUUCAUUAAGUAUUUAAAAAUUUCCAUGUCAUGAAGAUUAAAAUAUAAUGAUGCUAAAAAAAUUUUCUGUCUAAAACAAUCAUUACUCAUGAUGUGAAAGUGUCAUGCACACUUCUUACCAUACAACCCCAGAAAUAUUUUGAGUGCUAGAGGUUUCUCCCAAUUUCUUAGUUUUAAUCAAGGCAUGAACAUCAAAGUAAUGAUACCACUAUAUCUAAGAAGGUUCUACUGAUGAAAGCCUAGCAAUUUGAUGUAUCUUUUGAUCAUUUCUAAAUUUGUGGAUCUUUUUUAAAAAAUCUCGGAGACUUCAAUUAAUUUGCAGUAUGUCGGGUUGUUUUUUUUUUCUUUUUUCUUUUUUUUUUGUUAGUUGUCUUAAUCAAUAGAACAACUAUUUGAAUCCUCUUAAAUUCCACCCCUUCUGUAUGAAAGAAACCAAUCCAACAAUUACAAUUUGGAGGCGGUUUUUUAUCUUUUUUCAAAAAGAAAAUCUCGAAGUCCUGCUCUUUGUAGUCUUCAAAUAAUUACAAGCAUUAGUAAAGUUUAAUGAAGAAAUGACUUUGAAAAUAUUGCUGAAGUGAAAAUGAGGAAUCAAAAAUGAAAAUUGUCUAAUUUUUUUAGUGGGCUGUUUCUGCAGAGUUACUCCAAAUUCUUUUAAGUAUAAUCAAAUUUCAUAUACAUAAACACACCUGACAUACCAUGGAAUCAUGAGUUUCACGGAUUUUUCAACAAUUGCAUUAAGAAUAAUUAUGAGUUAUCAAUUGGCUGUUGGAUCACUAACCGCACUAAAUCUAUUGUUUAAUUACGUCAGAUCCACUCUCCUUAUUAUAGAAAAUAUCAGGGUCUCCUCAAUCUCCAGGAGCAUGCAAGGAACUUUGUAAUAAUGUAGCAAAAUUUAGAUAAGCGCCUCUGUCUGUUUUUAUGCAGAUUUGUAAUUGAAAA